UCCUAGUUUUUAUCACCUCUAUUUCACUGAUAUGGAGUGUGUGGUAUUAAUACGUCCAAGAGAUAACAGCAGAACUAUUUGUCGCCAAUCAGUUACAUGUUUUGGAUUUAUAUUUUGAAUUUUAUUUAAUUCACCGAAAUGAAAAUAAAAUUUCAACUUACAUACGUGUGUUUAAUGAUUUUGAUUAACAAUGCCGCAGCCAUUACGGAGAAAUACAUGGACCAGAUGUGUGGAGAAACCCUUGACCUUGACCUUUAUGAGACAGUGCGCCUAAAGCUGACUGCACAAGCAGUUUACAAACCCAAUAUGCUAUGUCACCUCACGAUCAAAACGAAUUCUUUUUACCAAAUAAUGUUCUACUUUAAGAGUUUUGCUUUGGAAUCGAUGUGUUAUAAUGAUUGGCUAGAACUUCACGACGGCAAAUAUUCAGCGUCAGCUUUUAUAAGUGGUAUGACCCCUCAUCAGUGUGGAACUUACAAAAGGACCACUGUACGAAACACUUCCGGGAAAUAUCUUCAUCUUAAAUUCCAAAGCGACGAUACUAUACAAAAAAGCGGAUUUGAUAUGAUACUGACUAAAUACCAUAACGGAAUUUGUUAUACCGACGAGUAUGCCUGUAGCAAUGGGCACUGUAUUGCCAACAACAUCUCGUGUAGUGGUUUCAACCCGUGCGGAGAUUAUUCUGAUUGUGGUAACAACGUAAUCAGCGGUUCCAGUAGUCGCGUGUUUAAUGUGGGCGGGAUCAUAGGCGGGGUUAUUUCUGCUGUCACCGCCCUUGUUAUAAUCGUUAUCUAGGGAG